GUGCGGAUAUCGCCGUCUGCGAUUUGUUGAGUCGCGUGGAGAGCCGGUUAACCUAAAGAAGUCAACCGAUGCGAGGAGUGGAGCGAAAUAGAUGGCUUGUGGGGAUGCCUCCAAGAGGUCUUGUCUAUGAUUGGCGUUUCAGUGGCGCCUAGCGACUCUUGGAGUACGUAGCGUCGCCAGCGAAAUUUAUACCCCGCGUGGGCCGAGCAGUCAAGCGUCGAAAACGAAACUCAACAUCUGCAGUACUGUCUUCUCGUCCGUGAACCGGCUUGGCGAUAUAAGUUCAUGAUUAUCUCAUAAACUCGUCCCUACCACAACCAUAUUCUCGGCCAACUCCUUUGGAACAACGACCGCAACAAUGCCCACCAUAUCCCCCUCCUUCAGCGACCGCGCCGACUUCGAGGCCACAGACCGCGGCUUCAUCGCCGCCCUCUCAACACCCACAAUAACCUCCUCAACCGGCAAAACCGUCUGGGACACAAAAGCCUGGGACUUCAUGCAAUCGCCCUGCCCGGACACCGCACACCCCCACCUCUGGCGACAAGGCCAGCUAAACAGCAAACACGGUCUGUACGAAAUCACGCCCGGGAUCUACCACAUCCGCGGCUACGACCUGUCCAACAUGACAAUCGUCGAAGGCAAAACGGGCAUAAUCGUAAUCGACCCGCUCGUCUCCUGCGAGUGCGCAGCGGCGGGACUAGAGCUGUACCAGAAACAUCGCGGACACGGGAGGAAAGUCUCGGGGAUGAUUUAUUCGCACUCGCACGGGGACCACUACAUGGGCGCCGCGGGCGUCGUCAACCCUGAUCUGCAGAAAGAAGGAGAGGCAGAUAUCCCGAUUAUCGCGCCCGAGGGCUUCAUCGAAGCCGUACUGAGCGAGAGUAUCCUGGCCGGGCCUGCGAUGCGUAAGCGCGGCGCGGCGAUGUACGGGAACGCUCUACCACGUUCUCCGACGGGACAGAUUGGAACAGGACUGGGGAUGGGGUCGAGUGUGGGGACGACGAGUUUGAUUCCGCCGAAUCUUCUUAUCCAAAAGACGGGCGAGGAGCAUGUCGUCGACGGCGUGCGGAUCGUGUUCCAGAUGGUUCCAGGGACAGAGGCGCCCGCGGAGAUUAAUUUCUUCUUCCCGGAAUUCCGCGCGCUAUGCAUUCCGGAAACCGCGACUAAUUGCAUGCAUAAUAUUGUGACGCUGCGCGGGGCGCAGGUAAGGGAUGCGAUGGCGUGGAGUGGGUAUUUGGAUGAGGCGAUUGUGCUGUUUGGGAGCGGGGCGGAUGUGCUUUUUGGGAGCCAUAAUUGGCCGACGUGGGGGAAUAAAGACUUGAUCCGACGGCUGGCGGAGCAGAGGGAUUUGUAUGGGUAUAUGCAUGAUCAGACAGUGCGCAUGAUGAAUUUGGGAAUGACCGGAACGGAGAUUGCAGAGGUGAUGCAGUUGCCGGAGGCGCUGGAGAGGGCGUGGCAUUGUCGGGGAUUUUAUGGAUCGUUGAGUCACAAUGUCAAGGGCAUAUAUCAAAAGUACAUGACCUGGUUCGACGGGCGGCCGGAGCAUCUGUGGCAAUAUCCCCCUCGCGAAGAGGGCCAACGGUAUGUUGAAUGCUUCGGCGGUGUUGAUGGUGUCUGCGACAAGGCAGAGACUUUUAUGGAGUGGCGCGACUACCGGUUUGCCGCGACACUACUCGCACACGUCGUGGCAGCAGAUCCCGAGAACGCGAGCCGACGCGCACAGGAUCUGCUCGCGACAACAUACGAGCAGCUCGGCUAUGGCGCCGAGAACGCGACAUGGCGCAACUUUUACCUCACUGCAGCGCAGGAGCUCAGAACAGGUAAGAAGGCUGGUAUGGUUGUGGGAGGACGGACGCCGCUAGGUGAGAAGUUGCAAAUCGAACAAUGGUUCGAAAUUCUGUCUGUCCAGCUGGAUGGCCAACGGGCUGGAAAGGCAGCUUUCAGCUUGGACUUCGACGUCACUGAUGCGGGAGAGAAGUGGCGGUUGAUCCUUAGUAAUGGCGUUCUCACGCGGCGGAGAUUGAAUGGCCUGCCUAGUUCUCGAGCUGAUAUGGAGCUGGUCCUUACGAGGCUCCAAUUGCUUGAACUUAUUCGGGGGAACAGGUUUCCUGUUGAGAGAGAAGCAGGUGAUUCUAGGGUUUUGGAUCGUUUCGUGGAUCUAAUCCGCGUGGACCAGGGGUCUGCCAGGGGACCCAGUCAGAUAUAGAAUAGAUUAUAUGAUAGCAUUAGUCCUAAGACAUCAGACACAGCAAUUAUCCAAGGCUAAUUAACGUGCAUUAACC